GAAAUACGGAAAGGAGAGCUGUACAAAAGCAGCCUCGGAUCUUGCCGGGGCUGCAAGCGUUAAGGGUAGGCGGGGAGUGACGCGGUUUGCGUCUGGAGCGGCUCCUUGGAGUCCACAGCAUCCACCGCCGGAGCCUCGCCUUUCUUUCUCCCUCUGCAGACAUAGCGAGACACAAAAAGAGAGGCGACCCCUCGACCUGUGCGAGGGGCCCACACGCACAAUGACCGAGACCACCAAGACCCACGUUAUCUUGCUUGCCUGCGGCAGCUUCAAUCCCAUCACCAAAGGGCACAUUCAGAUGUUCGAAAGAGCCAGGGAUUACCUGCACAAGACUGGCAGGUUUAUUGUGAUUGGAGGGAUUGUCUCUCCUGUGCACGACUCCUAUGGAAAACAGGGCCUUGUGUCAAGCCGGCAUCGUCUCAUCAUGUGUCAGCUGGCAGUCCAGAAUUCCGACUGGAUCAGGGUAGACCCCUGGGAGUGCUAUCAGGACACCUGGCAGACGACCUGCAGUGUGUUGGAACAUCAUCGGGACCUCAUGAAGCGGGUGACUGGCUGCAUCCUGUCCAAUGUCAACACACCUUCCAUGACUCCUGUGAUCGGACAGCCCCAGCAUGACACCCCACAGCCCAUUUACCAGAACAGCAAUGUGCCCGCCAAGCCCACUGCAGCCAAGAUCUUGGGGAAGGUGGGUGAGAGCCUAAGUCGAAUCUGCUGUGUCCGCCCACCAGUGGAACGCUUCACCUUUGUGGAUGAGAACGCCAACCUGGGCACAGUGAUGCGGUACGAGGAGAUUGAGCUGCGGAUCUUGCUGCUGUGUGGCAGUGACCUGCUGGAGUCCUUCUGCAUCCCAGGGCUCUGGAACGAAGCAGAUAUGGAAGUGAUUGUUGGGGACUUUGGGAUUGUGGUGGUGCCCCGGGAUGCAGCCGACACAGACCGAAUCAUGAACCACUCUUCAAUACUCCGCAAAUAUAAAAACAACAUCAUGGUGGUGAAGGAUGACAUUAACCAUCCCAUGUCUGUUGUCAGUUCAACCAAGAGCAGGCUGGCCCUGCAGCACGGGGACGGCCAUGUUGUGGAUUACCUAUCCCAGCCAGUCAUCGAUUACAUCCUCAAGAGCCAGCUGUACAUCAACGCUUCUGGCUAGCAGCCACACAGCCCCCGGCUCCACUCUUCCCAUGUCCUCUGACAACACACUGACCCCUUCAGUCUCUGUCAGUCCCUCCGUUUCCCUCCUGCCGCUCUGUUUCUCCAUCUCCUCAUUUUGACUGUUCUCCCACUCGCUGACUUAACCUCCACAGUGUGGGGGACCUGCA